GUCGAUAUGUCUUCAGCUCGGUGGAAAUGAUCUUGACUCAAAGAGUCUGGACUCAAAAAAUCAAUCAUCAAUAUGCCUUUUCUUGACUGACAAAAGUUCCGGGAAUCUAUCAGCUACAGGUCUGUGAUCGAGAUCGUGCAUCAGGAAUGUGGACUAGAUCGUGCUCGCAGCAUUUGCUUUUUUUUGAACCACAACUCUUGUAUCCCUUCGUUUAUAUAAUACUUGAGCCAUGCCCUUCGUUUUGCCAUCGAUUAUCGCGGUGAACCAUAUCUACUAAAGCUUUUAAUUCAAGAAUUUGCUUCAAUAUAUACCCAUCAUCUUCUCAUCCCGCCGCUUUGCACUCGUCAAUUUCUCAUUCCGUCUAAACUCUUAUUUUUUGUUCCAUCUACAAUUUCAACAUGCCCCCCUCAAAGCCAAAGCCUUCAGAGAUCGCUGCUGAGGCGAAGAAAACUUAUGUCCCUUAUAUACGCAGUGCAUGUCCGCAGUGGCCAACUACUUCGUAUUUAUGCCAUUCGGAUUCUUUGCGAGACCAGCCAAUUAGGGAAUCAAGACAGUAUACAUUCGCUUUUAUGGAACGAGAUCCUGUGGAUCUAGCUCUUGAAUGGACGUCUAGCGAGAACGAUCGACCCAUUCCAGUCAUCAUGCCGGCGCAUGAAAGACGGCCAGGUGGGGAUUGGGAAGCUGGUGUUAUGCAACCAGAAGAAUGUUUAGCCAGACGAAGCACUCUAUAUACUUGCUUGACGACACCAGCACCAGAUAACAUUACUUCGAAUAAUUACCCUAUUCCCGAACAAGCUGGUAUCAUCUCUCAGAACGUUGUUGUUUUCCGCAAUGGACCAGAAAAGUAUGAGCCGUGGUCAGAAUACAAAUCACUGCCCAUAAUUUCUGUCCCUACCGUCAAGCGUCCCAAGCUUGAUAGCUCAGGCAAAAAGUACUCUUUUAAAACAGAACGUGAAUUGAUGAAAGCCUCCAUCAAGACUGCCCUGCGGAUUGCAAUUUUCUACGGUUAUGAUAAGAUCGUAAUCGGAACAUAUGGACUUGGCCCAGGGUUCAAGAAUCCACCAGAAGAAGUUGCAAACAUCUGGCGUGAGCUGCUUGUUCGUGAUAACGAGUUCAACCAGCAGUUUUCAGCCAUCAUCUUUGCCUUUGAGCCAUGUGAAGGUCCCGGAGGCUCCAGCUCUAGCAGUCCAAGUUCUUCAUCAAAAAGUUCAAAGUCAUCAAGCUCAAGUAGCAAAACUUGUUUCACUCACGAACUCGAAAUUUUCAGGCAGACGUUCAAACCAGCGAAUCUCCACGGCGCGUUCAAGGCUUGAAACUUUUCAACGGUGAUCUUUACUUGGCGUUCUAGGUGGUACAAAGGGUGGCAGUUGUCACGAUGCAGGCAUGGGUGUAUUACAUAGUGGCGUUUGUGACGCGACAGGGAAUACAGAAUUCAGGCCUGGCUUACGAGCCGUGGGAAAAUGUUGAGACCAUUUUAUCAUUUUUUUCUGUAGUCAGCCAUUCAAUUACGAGACAUUUUACUUACGACUA